CGCCCACCUUUUCUUUCUUCUCAAUUAGCCGCCGGAACCUCUCCUUGGCGAGAACUCCAUUACCAGUUACUAGAGAAGCUGCAAAACAGCGUCGUACUGAAAGAAGGUUUCACGCACUGCUCUCUCGCUUCCUUUCAUCCCCGUCAGUCGGCAUCCUUCGUUGUUGUAGGUUAUUGUCGGUCCAAUUCAAUCACAUCCCGUAAAAGGAUUUCCCCAAUUCCAAUCGGGUUCCUUCGUUUCUUCAAAGCUUUAGGGUUUCAAAGGGGGGCGCACCAGAGGUCCAGGGCAAUCUAGGAUUCACCGGGGGAACGAAGUGCCGUUGGCUUGAAUAAGAAAGUUCGGCGAGGGGGAAGCGAAAUUCUGCGAGGUAGGGUUUUUUUUUUUGUAUCGGCGAAGAAGCUAUGUCGCGGAGGAGGCAUGACGAAGAUGAGGACGAGAUUGAGGAUGAAGAGUACGAGGACCAGGACGAUCAGCUGAUUGACGAUGAGGAGUACGACGACGAUAUGGAGAAACGGGGAAGUUCGAGCAACAGAAAGCGGUCGCGAUCGAGUUUCAUCGAUGAUGCGGCGGAGGAGGACGAGGAGGAGGAGGAGGAAGACGACGACGACGAGGACUAUGGAGGUGGUGGUGGUGCGAGCAAGAAGCGCAAGACUGCUAGAAAGGGCGCUUCUUUCUUUGAUCUGGAGGCCCAAGUGGAUACCGACGAAGAUGAAGAUGAUGAAGACGGCGGAGAAGAUGACUUCAUUGUUGAUGGUGGAGCUGAUUUACCUGAGGAGGAUGAUGGUAGACGAGUUCACCGUAGGCCAUUGCUCUCUCGGGAAGAUGAUGGUGAAGAUGUGGAUGAAAUUUAUAGAAGAAUUCAGGAAAGAUAUUCAAGAACUUCUCAGGGUGAAUAUGAUGAAGAGACUACAGAUGUAGAACAACAGGCUCUCUUGCCAUCUGUACGAGAUACAAAGUUUUGGAUGGUGAAAUGUGCGAUUGGGCGUGAACGAGAGACAGCAGUCUGCCUCAUGCAGAAGUGCAUUGAUCGAGGUCCUGAGAUGCAAAUUACGUCUGUUGUUGCCCUUGAUCAUCUCAAGAAUUAUAUAUAUAUUGAAGCCCACAAAGAAUCCCAUGUCAGGGAGGCAUGCAAAGGACUUCGGAAUAUAUUUGUUUCUUCGAAACCUAUGCUUGUCCCAAUCAAAGAAAUGACGGAUGUCCUUUCUGUUGAAAGCAAAGCAAUUGACCUUGCAAGGGAUACUUGGGUCAGAAUGAAGAUAGGAAAUUACAAAGGGGACUUAGCCAAAGUAGUUGAUGUGGAUAACGUGAAGCAGAGAGUCACGGUGAAGUUAAUUCCCAGAAUUGACUUGCAGGCUCUUGCAAGUAAACUGGACGGCCGAGCAGUCGCAGAAAAGAAGGGAAUUAAGCCUGCUCCUCGCUUUAUGAAUUAUGAUGAAGCUAGGGAACUUAACAUUCGCGUAGAGCGGAGAAGAGAUCCAAUGACGGGGGACUACUUCGAGAGUAUCGAGGGCAUGUUGUUUAAAGAUGGUUUCUUGUACAAAACUGUGUCAAUGAAAUCCAUUACUGCUGCGAACAUUAAGCCAAGUUUUGAUGAACUUGAGAAGUUCCAUAAACCUGGAGAACAUGGUGAUGAUGAUAUGGCCAGCUUGUCAACUUUAUUUGCAAACCGGAAGAAAGGACACUUCUUGAAGGGUGAUGCAGUUAUCAUUGUCAAAGGAGAUUUAAAGAACCUUAAAGGAUGGGUUGAGAAAGUUGAGGAAGAUAGUGUACAUAUCAGACCGGAGGAGAAGGGUCUUCCUAAAACACUUACAGUACAUGAGAAGGAGCUCUGCAAGUAUUUUGAACCGGGUAAUCAUGUUAAGGUUGUAUCUGGCACUCAAGCAGGUGCAACUGGCAUGGUUGUCAAGGUUGAGCAACAUGUGCUCAUUAUUCUGUCGGAUACAACCAAGGAACAUAUGCGUGUAUUUGCUGACGAUGUUGUUGAAAGCUCAGAAGUGACUACUGGUGUUACCAAAAUCGGAGACUAUGAGCUUCAUGAUCUUGUUUUGCUGGACAAUAUGAGUUUUGGUGUCAUAAUACGUGUGGAAAGUGAAGCCUUUCAGGUUCUCAAAGGAGUUCCAGAGAGAUCAGAAGUGUCGCUUGUAAGAUUGAGAGAGAUCAAAAGCAAGAUAGAAAGGAAGUCGAAUGUACAAGAUAGAUAUGGAAGUACAAUAUCCGUAAAAGAUGUUGUUAAAGUGCUUGAUGGUCCUUGCAAGGGGAAGCAGGGUCCUGUUGAGCACAUAUACAGGGGAAUAUUAUUCAUCCAUGACCGUCACCACCUUGAACAUGCCGGAUUCAUUUGUGUUAAAUCCCAAACUUGCGGUCUUGUUGGAGGAUCACGUUCCAUUGGUGAUAGAAAUGGUAAUGCAUACUCAGGGUAUGGUAAUCUUAAAAACACUCCUCGAAUACCCCCUUCACCUCGGAGAUUUCAAAGAGGAGGUCCUCCUUUUGAGUUUGGUGGAAGGGGUAGAGGCGGUAGGGGAGGGCAUGAUGCCUUGAUAGGUACCACCAUCAAGAUACGGCAGGGACCUUUCAAAGGCUACCGUGGACGUGUGAAAGACAUUAAAGUUGAUCGCAGUUGUAUUUCUGACAAUGUGGUUGUGGUUUCCACCCCAUACCGUGAUUCAAGUCGAUAUGGCAUGGGAAGUGAAACCCCCAUGCAUCCUUCUCGGACUCCGUUGCAUCCUUACAUGACUCCUAUGAGAGACUCUGGUGCUACACCUAUUCACGAUGGCAUGAGAACACCUAUGCGCGACCGGGCGUGGAAUCCUUAUGCACCAAUGAGUCCUCCGAGGGAUAACUGGGAAGAUGGAAAUCCUGGAUCUUGGGGUACUAGUCCCCAGUAUCAGCGAGGUAGCACUCCGUCGAGAGUGUACGAAGCGCCUACCCCUGGUGGCAAUUAUAGUGAUACUGGAACGCCAAGAGACAGCAGUUCUGCUUAUGCCAAUGCUCCUAGCCCGUACAUGCCUUCGACUCCUGGGCAGCCUAUGACACCUGGCUCAACAGCCUAUCUUCCUGGGACUCCUGGGGGGCAGCCAAUGACGCCUGGCACUGGUGGUUUGGAUAUCAUGUCUCCUGUUUUAGGUUUGAUAUUCAGCUUACCCUCUCAAUUUUACCGAUGCUUAUUGAACAACGAAGGAGGGAGUUUGAUGCCAGAGAUAUUGGUGAAUGUACAUAGAGGUGAUGAAUCCCUAGUAGGUGUCGUCCGAGAGGUGCAUCCGGAUGGAAUGUGCAAGAUAGGGUUAGUAGGGAAUGGUGAUAUGGUGACGGCGAUGGCAAGCGAUGUGGAGAUCGUGGGGCCGAGGAAAUCGGACAAGGUGAAGAUAAUGGGGGGAGCACAUCGAGGAUCGACUGGGAAGUUGAUCGGGGUGGAUGGUACGGAUGGAAUUGUAAAAUUAGAUGACACUCUUGACGUUGUGAUUCUAGACAUGGUUAUACUAGCCAAGUUAGCCUGAGCAUCAGCAAGUCUCUUUUUUUGUUCCACCUUAUAGUGCUUUUUAGAUGUUUUUUAUUCUUGUAAAAUCUGGUCAAAGAAAAUAUGUGUUUCAACGUUAUGUCGAUUUCAUCUUUCAAUGCUUGGUGAAUAAAACACCUAUUGGAACUUGGAAGUUAUUGCUGCAGCAUUUGGAUUUCCGAUCCAAGUAGUUCCAAAUCCACCUGGGCUAGUCGGAAGAAUCUUCAUCGGUUCUACAAGCUUAUUCAUAUAUAAGUGUUUUUGUUUGUACGUAAAAUCAAGUUUGUCAAAUAUGGUAAUAUGUCGGUUUAGUAAGUGACAUGGUUUGAUUUGUUUAUGUUGGUUUCGAUAUAAUAU